CACUUUUACCGCCCCCUUGCGGCCUUGCCUAGCAUCGUCGCCUUUGACUUGCCUACGCCGCCUCGAAAUUUCCUCCGUUGAUCACUUGCCGUGCUUGUACCCGUCUCCGACUCGCUUCCUGCUCUCUCAACCGCCACCACGUCUUGCUCUUCAUCGGCCGAGGUCGGUGCUGGGUAUACCGGCCCCCUUCUGUUCAGGAAGGAGCCUAGCGGUGCCUUGUGUGCAGAAUCCUUGUUUUUCUUUUCUCCUUCUUCUUUCGAGAGGAGGAAGCCCUAGGGUUCGUGUAAGGCCGGUUGCCGCGGAGAUCGAUGGUAGCUCGGCGUAGUUUCCGCUAUGGAUGACUCCGGGAGCACCCCGAGGAGUGGUUCCGGCGUCGGCGGUGACCUUCACAUGGAAUGGCAGAUCUCGUUGGCUCUGGAAGCGCUGACCGGGACAUUAACAAGAUACUGAUCGCAUUGAAAAAGGGCACCCAAUUACUUAAAUAUGGUCGCAAGGGGAAGCCAAAGUUCUACCUGUUUCGUCUAUCCAAUGAUGAAUCAACAUUGAUUUGGUUUUCUAGUAGUGGAGAAAGACUAUUGAAGCUGGCUUCUGUUUCAAGGAUUAUUCCAGGACAAAGAACAUCUGUUUUUCAGCGAUAUUUACGCCCAGACAAAGACUACUUGUCUUUUUCACUCAUUUACAAUGAUGGCAAAAGAUCUCUCGACCUGAUAUGUAAAGAUAAAGUUGAAGCAGAGGUUUGGUUUUCAGGCCUCAAGGCAUUAAUUUCCGCAGGACAAUAUGGACGCCCAAAAAUAGAUGGAUGGAGUAACGGACUCUAUUAUAAUGAAAACAGUAAAUUUGCAUUGAACAAUAAUAGCAAUCAUUCUAUCAGUUCCAUACUUGAUACUUCUGAAUCCAGACUAACUACAGAUAGUUUGCAUUACCAAUCUUUUGAUUAUUCAAUAAACUCUGAAAGAUCAGAUGUGACAAAUAUGCAUGUAAAAGGAGCUUCUUCAGAUGGAAUUAGAAUUAGCAUUUCCAGUGUUCCUAGUACAUCCAGUCAUGGGUCUGUGCAGGAUGAAUUUGAUGCCUCUGGAGACGUCUAUGUUUGGGGCAAAGUCAUUUCUGAUACCUCUGCUAGGGUAAGUACUGAUAGAAAUAGUAAUCCUUCUAGUUCAAGGACAGAUAUUCUGCUCCCCAAACCACUGGAGUCCAAUUUAGCAUUUGACGUUCAUUAUGUGGCCUGCGGAGCGAGGCAUGCUGCCCUUGUUACAAAACAGGGAGAAGUGUUCACAUGGGGUGAAGAAUCUGGUGGGCAACUUGGUCGUGGAGUUUCUUCUGAUACUGGUCAUCCUCUCAUUGUGGAAUCUUUAACAAUGUCUAAUGUUGAUUUUGUUGCUUGUGGGGAGUUCCAUACCUGUGCUGUUACUGUGUCUGGUGAACUUUAUACAUGGGGUGAUGGCACACAUAAUAUUGGGCUUCUUGGUAAUGGUACAAAUUUAAGCCACUGGAUCCCAAAAAGAGUGUCAGGGUUAUUGGAAGGGCUUCAAGUUUCUUAUGUUUCUUGUGGCGUUUGGCAUACUGCCUUGAUUACCACAACAGGGCAAUUAUUCACAUUUGGUGAUGGCACUUUUGGUGUUUUGGGCCAUGGAAAUCGAGAAACAGUUUUAUAUCCUAGGGAGGUGGAAUCAUUGAUGGGCUUGAAGACAAUAGCUGUUUCAUGUGGAGUGUGGCAUACUGCAGCAGUCGUAGAAGUUAUUGUAACACAGUCCAGUACAUCAUCUGGAAAAUUAUUCACAUGGGGUGAUGGUGACAAGAAUCGUCUUGGCCAUGGUGACAAGGAACCAAGGCUUAAGCCAACCUGUGUGGCUUCACUUAUUGAUUACAAUUUUCACAAAUUAGCUUGUGGCCAUAGCCUUACAAUUGGCUUGACCACUUCUGGACAUGUUUUAACCAUGGGAAGUACAGUUUAUGGCCAACUGGGUAAUCCCCAGUCAGAUGGAAAGCUUCCAUGCUUAGUAGAAGACAAGCUAGUUGGUGAAGCUGUCGCAGAGGUUUCUUGUGGUUCAUUUCAUGUUGCAGUCUUGACUAUCAGAGGUGAAGUUUACACAUGGGGAAGAGGUGCUAAUGGACGGUUAGGCCAUGGAGACCUUGAGGAUCGUAAAACUCCUACAUUAGUUGAAGCUCUCAAAGACAGACAUGUGAAACAUAUCUCCUGUGGGUCGACCUUCAGUGCUGCAAUAUGCCAGCACAAGUGGGUAUCAAGUGCCGAGCAAUCCCAAUGCUCAUCAUGUAGACAGGCAUUCGGGUUCACCCGAAAGAGACACAACUGUUACAACUGCGGGCUUGUUCAUUGUCACCAGUGCAGCUCAAGAAAGGCUCUAAGAGCAGCUCUGUCUCCAAAUCCUGGAAAACUACACCGCGUUUGUGAUUCAUGCUAUGUAAGAUUGACUAAUACUGUAGAUACCAGUGGAUUUGUAAGCAAGAAAAUUUCUAAGCCCCGUAUUUCUGGCGAAAGCAAAGAUAGGUUUGAUAGAAUGGAUACAAGCUUAUCCAAUGCUCUUUCAUCCAGUAAUUUAGAUUUGGCCAUCAGUUCUGAUGCUAAAGUGUCCUUUGAUGGGGACCCUUCCUCUGUGACUCAAUAUUUUCAAAUCCCUCAAGUUUUACAGCUGAAAAGCACUUCUUUCACUGGUGGUGCAGAUGUGCAUCAAAGUGUUCCCAGACCAACAACUAAGUCUAGAAAUCAUUCUAGAGCUGUUUCACCUUUUUCAAGAAAGCCCAGUCCUCUGCGUUCUACAACUCCUACUCCUACGAUGGCUGGCCUUUCAUUCUCUAAAAGCUUCUCGGACAAUCUGAAGAAAACAAAUGAUUUUCUGAAUCAAGAACUUCUUAGGUUACACUCUGAGGUUGAUAAUUUGAGGCAACGUUGUGAGCGUCUAGAAUUUCAGUUGGAGAAAUCUGAAAAGAAAGCUGUAGAAGCCUCAAAGCUUGCAUCAGAGGAAUCUGCAAAAUCCAAAGCUGCCAAAGAAGUUAUAAAAUCAUUAUCUGCACAGUUGAAAGAAAUAGCAAAAAGACUUCCUGAAGGAGUCGAUGAAACUGAUCUGAUAGGAUCCGUGCAUUUUCCAAAUGGCACUGGAUCUCAGGCAAUUCAUCAAUACUCUGAUUUGAGUUCUGAAAUCCCUCCAAGUAGUGAAAUAUUGGAGGAGACAAAUACUAUAGAAGAAAUUGUUGAAGCUAAUGGGACAGCUACAUCCUUUCCAGAUCAUGCAGUUGAACACUUCUCCAGAUUUGAAGAUGUGUCUGAAAUUCAACAUAAUGGUAACAGAGAAAUACCAGAGACAAACACUAGUGUAGAUGACCUUGAUAGCCCCAAGUCAGAUGGCAAUCAAGUUGAGGCUGAGUGGAUAGAACAAUUUGAACCAGGUGUAUAUAUAACUCUAAUUGCACUUCGUGAUGGAACCCGUGAACUGAAGAGAGUUCGUUUCAGUAGGAGAAGAUUUGGAGAGCAGCAGGCAGAAGCUUGGUGGUCUGAAAAUGCAGAGAGGGUGCAUGAUAAAUAUAAUUUCCGUGGGUUAAAUAUGACUUCAUGAGUAAGAUACAUGAGUCCUAUACGCUAGGAAGUGAAUUCUACAUUUAUGAUCCAAGUAAACUAGCCAUUGAGAACAGCUGGAAGGGAAUUCAACAUGACCUAGUAGUAUAUAUUCAAGUUAACUUUGUGAAAUAGAUUCUUGGAACCUUAUUACAAUAAGUAAUCUACUUUUCCCACCACAUACGUUCUCUGGAAAGUCUGCUCCCUUAUGUACCAUCUACGGAUCAUAAUUUCCUUUGCGGCUUCUCUCAAAUGCUCGUUGUUUUUUCUGCAUUCUGCUGCAUUGUAACAUAAAUGACACGGCACACGAGCACGGUCAGAGAAAAAAAGGGAGCAUCUUUCAAUAGGAAUCCCUCUUUUGUUAUUUUUUUUUUGGAUUUCAUCUCUUUAUUAAAUGUAACUGCGCAAAUUUAUUGAGUUAUAUAUAAUGAUGAUUUCCAAGAGCA